CUCCCCGGCCGCCGGCCGCCCCAGGCACCGAGUUGGCGGGAGCCUAUAAAAGCCGGUGACGGCGCGGCCGCGGACACACCGUGCCGGCCCCAGCCGCCGCUGGACGCGCCAACUCCUGCCCCGCCCGACCCGCCGCCACCAUGUCCCACCACUGGGGGUACGGCCCGCACAACGGGCCCGAGCACUGGCACAAGGACUUCCCCAUUGCCAAGAGCAACCGCCAGUCCCCCGUGGACAUUGACACCAAAGCGGCCACUCACGACCCUGCGCUGAAGCCCCUGACGGUGUCCUACGAGCAGGCGGCGUCCAAGCGGAUCCUCAACAAUGGCCACGCUUUCAACGUGGAGUUUGACGACUCCCAGGACACAGCAGUGCUGAAGGGAGGACCCCUCGCCGACACCUACCGCCUGGUCCAGUUCCACUUUCACUGGGGCUCGUCCGAUGGGCAGGGCUCGGAGCACAGAGUGGACCAGAAGAAAUACGCCGCAGAGCUGCACCUGGUUCACUGGAACACCAAGUACCCGGACUUCGGGACGGCCGUCAAACAGCCCGAUGGGCUGGCUGUUCUGGGAGUUUUUUUGAAGGUCGGCGAUGCUAAGCCAGGCCUCCAGAAGGUCAUCAACGCGCUGGCCUCCAUUAAAACAAAGGGUAAGAGCGCCGCCUUCCCUGGCUUCGACCCGAGCGGGCUGCUUCCCGGGAGCCUGGACUACUGGACCUACCCCGGCUCGCUGACCACGCCGCCGCUGCUGGAGUGCGUGACCUGGAUCGUGCUUCGGGAGCCCAUCAGCGUGAGCAGCGAGCAGAUCACGGCGUUCCGCAAGCUUAGCUUCAACAAGGAGGGGGAGGCGGAGGAGCCCAUGGUGGACAACUGGCGCCCGCCGCAGCCCCUGCACUGCCGCCAGGUCCGGGCGUCCUUCCAGUGAGGCGCGGCGGUCCCCAGCGCCCGAGGCCCCGGCGCGGAGCACAGGCCCACGCGGCGAAGCGGACCGCUGCUCUGCGUCCGACUGCUGGGCCCCCCACUACACCCUUCCUGUCCCCCCGCCCCCCCCAUGCGCUUGCUAUUCCCGUGGGAGGAGCCGGCCGCUGUCCGGCGAGGCAGCGGCGCGGUGGUUGGUGCUUUGCUGGGUGGUGGCCUUUCCGUAAGAAGCGAUUAAAGGGAUCCGAGAGGAACCUGCCUGUCACAGCGCGUGGCCGUGGCCGUGGCCGUGGCCGUGGCCUCACACGGAGAUGUGACAGACAGGACGAGGCGGCUCAGAUCUGCACGUGCGGUGCGCUGAGCCUGUGACGUGAAUCAGGUAAAAAGCUCAGGAUUCUGUGUGAGUGAACCAGACGGGACCAAUGUUCUGACUCCAAGAUGUUGUACAAAAGAGAAGUUUAAAGUCCGUAUGUAUUUGUAGCAACGUCGUCGUGCCUGUGACGUCUGCUGUAGCUCAGUGACGUGAGCGCCGUGUCCGUGAGGCGGGAUCUGUAGCCGCUGGUACCGUGGUGGCUGCGGCACAGUACACUCCACCCAGAAACAAGUCCUCUGUUCACAAAUGCCGUAUUUGGGGAACAUCCUCUAAUAAAACCGGUUUCUCUUUGGG